UUGUUUUUUUACGAGCGCGGUUCAACGAUUUCAACAUGAACUUAUUUUGGUUACUUAUUGCUGUUCAGUCCACCGUGUCUGCAGCAUACCAAACGGCGCAAACGCAAUGUAGCUUAACCGCGUGUGAAGUAUUCGAGACUCUAACUCGAGGCGGUCGCAAAGAGGACCGCCCCUCGACCGACCCUUGCGCCCCUGACGUGCACUGGCGGCAACUGGACCGACGACUGCGAGCGAUCGAGCAGCCAACGUGGACAAUAAGUUAUGGCCAAUCGAGGUGGCGACAAUGCUCGAAGCACGUUUGCCGCUGCGACGUCACCAGGCGUUCGCUGAACUGUUGGAGGUCUGGACUGACGACACUGACCACUGACCUAGUUGUGCCUGCUGAUCUGCUGACCAUCGAUUUAGGUACAAAUAAAUUGCGAACCCUGCAUAAGACCACGUUCAAAGGCAUGCGAUCGUUGGUGGAGCUGGAUAUGUUUGACAAUCACGUGGAGUAUCUGCCGUCGGGAAUAUUCGAGCCACUUGUCAAUCUGAGGAUCCUGAGAUUACAAAGAAAUUACUUAGAAGAACUAGACAGCGAAUCCUUCAGGUCAACUAAAAGGCUAUUUCAUGUUGACUUAUCGAACAACUUUUUGUAUACUUUACCAGAAAGGGUGUUUGCAAACAACUCUUUAUUGGAGACUAUAGACAUUUCAAAUAACCAAGUCAUAUACGUACCGGCCGAUAGUUUUGUGGGACUUGACUCGUUGACUAUAUUGGAUCUUUCCAAAAACAAAAUACAGAGAAUAGAGAACGGAACUUUUCUAAUAAAGACCCUCCAAAUAUUAAAGCUCUCUGAUAACCGAAUAAGUAAUAUUACUGAGAAUGCUUUCGAGAGUUUAAUUUCACUGGAAACUUUACUUCUAGACAGAAACAAAUUGGAAAACAUUCCAAGUCGUUUGUUUUAUAAUCUGACUUGCUUAACAUACCUAGAUUUAGCAAGUAAUCAUCUGUUGAGUUUAACAGGUAUCGAGUUUGAAAACCUAAAAGUGCUGCAUACGCUCGAUUUAAAAGAGAAUUCACUGACGGAGCUACCUGAUUUCACAUUUUCGAAGUGUUCAAGACUUGAGAAACUGGACUUGUCCAAAAAUAAAUUACGCUUUUUAAACGUCACAGCAUUCCACGGCCUUGAGAACCUCACUUCCCUUCUGCUGUCAGACAACAAACUAUACGAAGUGCACUUUAAGACAUUUUCUACUUUGAAGAAUCUUACUACCUUGUAUAUAGAUGGCAACAUGUUUCCAUCAUUGCCAUCGCGGACUCUGGAUUACAUGCCCAAAUUGGCAAUAGUGAAACUGUCCGGCAACCCUUGGCACUGCGACUGCCACGCGCUGUAUAUUUCGGCAUGGGUACGUCUGAAUGAAAUGAAGAUAUGGGACUACUCCCCCACGUGUAUAUCGCCUUGGUUCCUCGAGGGCCACUUUUUGAAGAAGCUGAAGUUUCCUGAACUGUGUGCUGGCCAGUGGGCAAGCAUGGUGAACCUCUCUCCAAGGCUGCCAAUACAACAGUUGCUGGCUCUGAACGUAUCCGUAAAUAGAAAGCCCCAAGACAGCAUGGAACAGAACCAUGACGUCACUACUAUUGAUGCUUGGCAUUAA